GUUUUGUUUCCUCGCGUGGCAGCUGGCUGCCCUGUUGUCACACCGAAAUAUGCGCCGCGGCGCGGCAGCCCUUUCAGCACCUGGGUAGCCUCGGUGCGAGGCGAAGCUGCCCUGCUACGAGAGGUGUCUGAGUGGCGAGGCGUUCGCGCCCUUAUACAGGGCUGGGAUAAGCCUUGUCUGCGGACUCUCUGUCCCAGCGCCAGGAGCAGGGAAUUGGGCAGCCCAGCCCGCCGGCAGUCCCACAGCUCGCCUCGGUGACGCCAACCCGGUCGUAGCGCGGUCUAAUCCCGCCUGCGCCCACCGGCCGCGCGCCGACGCCGCAUCCGCUCCCAGCAAAGGCACACAACAAUGGGCAAGAAAGACAAGAUCGACCCGGCCGAGGGCGCGGAGGUCGCGCCCGAGUAUCAAGCCGGCGUCCUGGCCAUGGCCCGCGCGCGCAUGGAGGCCAGCAACGCCGACGCCGAGCAAGGAUUGGCGGAAGCCGCGGCGCAGACGCAGCGGCAGCGCGCCGCGCACGCGGGCCUGGAGGAAGAACUGGCGGAGGUGCGCGAGGACGCGCGCGACCAGUACUUUUUCCUCCAGCAGCAGCUGGACGCGGACUUUGAGCGCAUCGCAGCGCUGGAGCGGCGAGCGGUCGUCGACGGCGUCGAGCUCGACCGCGCCGAGCGGCACCACAAGGCGCGGCUGGCGCGGUCCCAGGCGAGUCACGAAGAGGCCAUCCGGGCGCAGACGCGCCGCGAGGAGGACGCGCGGGUGGCGCUAGCUGCCGCGCGCAAGGAGCUGUCGCUGCCUCGGCCCGACGACUUCGUGGAGGAGGCCGAAGUCGAGGAGGCGGAGCCGCCGCCGCCCGUUGUCGAGGCUCGCAAAACAUCCAAGUGGCGCGCGGCGCUCGUGACGCCGGCCCUCGAGCGCAUGCUCGCGCCCGAGACGCUGCCGGCGCCGCCGCCCGCGCCGGACGCGGCCUCAAUCACGGCGGCCGCGGCGCGCUACGAUUUCCCGACGGGCGACGCGUACGAUCGCGCGCGCGCCGCGCGCGCUCGAGCCGCGCUGCGGGCGCGCCGUGCGGACCUCGAGCAGACCCUGGCGAAGGAACGGACGUCCUGGGAGCGGUUCCGCAUCCGAGCGAAAGAGGAGAGCCGGCGGGACGUCGCGAAAAGAGCCGAGGCCGCCGCGAAGAAAAACACAAACGUUUCUGCUGAACAGAUUACGAAGGACGUGGACGACGCGCACCGCCAGAAGCACGAGGAGCUCAAGCUCUCGACGCGGGCGCUAAAGAAAAUGAUACGGGCGCACCGCGCCGCGUGCGACCGGCGGCGCGUCUUGUUCAACGAGGUGUGCGUCGCCGAGGACACGGCGCGGCAGGCCGAGGCCGCGCUCGAGGUCGAGGAGGAAUUCCCAGCCUCGCCGGUGCCGUCGACGGCGUCGUCGGACAAGGCGGUGUCGCCGCCGAAGCCGCGCUACUUGGAUCUGGCGGCCGUGGCCCCGGGCGAGGAGCCGCGGCCGCGCCCGCACCAGCACCCGGGAGCGCUGCUGCGCUUGACCGAGAAGGACGCGCGAAAAUACGCGCUGCGCGUCCAGAUGCUGCGGAGGAGAGGCGCGGCCCAGCUUGCGGCCGCGGACGCCGUCGUCGCGCUGGUCUCAAAGUGCGCCGUCGACGCGCGGGCGGACGCCGAGACGGAGGCGCGCCUCGCGCCGACGGCCUACGACGGUCUCGACGCGGUCUUCCCGCCGUCGCGGCCGGGCUCGCGCGCGGCCACGGCCACGGCUCAGCCCCGUCGUCUACCCGCGGCGCGCGGCGGCGCUCGCGGCGCAGGACCGCGCCGCGCUCCUGGGCCGCCUCGCCGCGGCGGCGGCGCACGCGCACCGCGUGGCGCUGCGCCCUUCGUCGAGGAGACGGUGGACGCGAUCCGCGGCGGUGACGUCCUCUCGGCUCGCCCGGCUCGCCGGCCGUCGACGGCCCGGAGCCAGCUGAGCCAGUCGUCCGUGGCGUCGUCGCUCUCCGCGUUCGGUCGCGUCAUCAUCGCGGCGGAAGCAGCAGCGGACUUCUUCCUCGCCGGUCAGGUGACCGCGCGUGGCGCGGCGGCGUUUUUUUUGUUUGUGUAA